CCUGGGUUGAGCAAAUAGGCAGCUGGAGCGGUGGCGGCAGCGGGCGCGACAACCCAAGUGGCACUGAGGGCUUCAGGUGGCGGGAACAUGGACCAUAUCACGGUGCCCAAGCAUUUCUUGAAGAUUUCUAUGCUUUUUCUUAUAAUCCCAAAUCCUCAAAAGAGAUGAGUGAAAAUGGGUGGAAAUUGAUUGACCCAAUAUCAGACUUUGGGCGUAUGGGAAUACCCAACAGAUACUGGACCAUAACAGAUGCCAACAGAAACUAUGAGGUAUGCAGUACCUACCCUCCUGAAAUAGUGGUUCCUAAAUCUGUUACCCUGGGAACAGUGGUUGGAAGUUCAAAGUUCAGAAGUGAAGAAGGCUUACCUGUGCUCUCCUGCCUCUACAAAGAGAACAAUGUGAGUUGAGCAUACUUCUUUCAUGAAAACUAAACUUGGCUCUAGAAGACUGGGGGUUAAGUCCCAUCACUGCCACUUACUAGCUGUGU